CAAUUACAAUAGGUUGACAUACAUACACAGAGAUCUAAGUAAAGAGGGGCUUAACAAAAAAAAACAUUCAAGAUGUCGAUUGCCGUGGCAAUGGCCAGGCACAUUUUUGGCCUGAAGCAAGGUGUCACUGGCAACAUUUGCUACCAUGAUGAACAAACCAUUGUUUAUCCUGCGGGAGCUAACUGCAUCCUGUACAACAUCGAUCAGAAAUCACAGAAAUUUAUUGCUGGAACACCGGGAAGUGAGGGUAUGACAGCAUUGACUGUCAGUCCAAAUCGCAGAUAUGUUGCCAUUGCAGAAAAGGGGGAGAAACCUGUCAUUACCAUUUAUGAUUUGCAUAGUCUUCGUAAAAGAAAGGUAUUAAGCUCAGCGGAGUUUGUCAAAUCAACGGAGUAUGUCAGCUUGGCUUUUUCACCAGACUCCAAAUAUCUGGUGGCACAGGGAGGAAAACCUGACUACACACUAUUGUAUUGGACAUGGGAAAAGAGUAAAGUUAUGGCUGUACAAAAGACAUCAAAUCCCAACACUAAUGCUCCAGUCUAUCAAGUUAGCUUCAAUCCUCAAGAUAACACACAGCUCUGUGUUGUCGGAAAUGGAAUCUUCAAACACUUUAGAUACCAUGAGGGAGCUUUGAAACCAUUCCUGAACUUCCAGAAGAUGGAAGCACACAACUAUCUGUGUCAUGCCUGGGUAUCUGACGAGAGAGUCGUGGUUGGAACUGAUACUGGUCACUUGUUCUUGUUUGAGCAGGGUGAAGCUAAAAAUGAAUUUACCCCUGUGCAACACAAAGAUGAAAAGAAAACAGGUGAUGAAGAAAAUGAUGCUUUGGCCACCAUAAUCCCACAAGUCACUGCCAUUGUUGCCUACUCCAAGGGAUUUGCUUGUGCAUGUGGACCUGGUACAGUGCAUCUGUAUGAGAAAACUGAUGAUAAAGAAUACUUCAAGAAAACAAGAGAAAUCAAGAUUCCCCCUGACAGUAACAGUGCUGACCCUGCCAGUGCUCAGAGACAGGUCAUCACUUGUCUGACGGUCAGCCCUUCCGAGGAGACACUGGUCGCCAGCACCAACCAGAGUCAGCUCUACUACAUCACCCUACCAAGCGCAGAUCUCGGAAGAAGUGAUGGAGACCAGAUUUACUUUGAGACUUUGGCCCAGUCAUUCCACAAUGGACAAGUUUUGGGUUUGGAUGUCUGCAUCAGAAAACCUCUAAUUGCCACAUGUUCAUCUGACAAAUCUGUCAGAAUCUGGAACUAUGAAACCUGCAAUCUGGAGUUGUACAGAGAAUUCCCUGAGGAGGCCUUGAGUAUUGCUCUUCAUCCAUCUGGCUUGUAUAUUCUUGUUGGAUUCAGUGACAAGCUUAGGUUGAUGAACUUACUGAUAGAUGACAUUAGAACAUUCAAAGAAUUCCCAAUGCGCACAUGCAAAGAGUGUGCAUUUAGCAAUGGAGGACAUCUUUUCGCAGCUGUCACAAGCAAUAUCAUUCAGAUCUUCUCUACCACUACAUUUGAAAGUGUGUCCAACUUGAAAGGUCAUAGUGGAAGGGUCAAGGCCAUCACCUGGUUCCCUGAUGACAGCAAAAUUGUGUCCUGCGGCAUGGAUGGUGCAGUGUAUGAAUGGGAUCCGUAUACAGGAAAACGCACUGGUGACUGUGUGCUCAAGUCCUGCAGUUACUAUGGUGUAGCUACCUCACCAGAUGGAAAGAACACAUUUGCUGUUGGAUCAGACAAGACACUCAAAGAAAUCACAUUGGCAGAAGCUAAUAUCCUAAGGCAAGUUGAGACUCAGGAGACAAUACUGAGCAGUAUAGCCAUGUCUCACUCUGGUCGUAUGUUAUUCUGUGGAACAACCAAGGGAACCCUGUGGUCUAUGAAGUUCCCUCUCAAUGUGCCAGGAGAAUGGACAGAACACCAGGGCCAUGGUGCUGCCAUCACCAAGAUGAAAAUUUCCUAUGAUGACCAAUACUUGAUCACUGUGGCAGAGGAUGCCUCUAUCAUUCUAUGGAAGAUUCAGGAUAAAGAUGGCCGUGGGUUGAAGAGAGACAAGGACUUUGGAUGGGCUGAGGAAAUUCUGAUCACAAAGAGUGAUCUAGAGGAGAAGAAUACAAUGAUGGCUGAUUUGAAAACUCGUGUUGAAGAACUGAAGUCGGAGAAUGAGUAUCAACUGAGGCUGAAGGAUAUGAGUUAUAAUGACAAGAUCAAGGAACUGACAGAGAAGUUCAUACAGGAAAUGGAGGCUCUCAAAACCAAAAAUCAGGUGCUGAAAACAGAAAAAGAUAAAGAAGAGAUGAAACAUGAAGAAGAAAUGCAAGAAAUCAUGGAGAAGCAUGCCAAAGAAACACAAGAUAUGGAGUCUGCUAACAACCAGAAGUUGAUGUUGGAGUAUGAGAAGUUCCAGGAGAUGCAGAGUAAGAUGAUGAAAAUGCAGGAGGAGUAUGAACGUCAGCUGAUCGAGAAGGAGGAGAGCAAACAGCGAGACAUGGAACGGCAGACUGAGUACUACGAGACCAAGCUACAGGAGAUGACAGCCAAACUAGAACAGGCUAAUGAUGAAUCCCGAGAACAAAACAAAGAAUAUGAGGAGACCAAAAAACAGAUUGAAGAGGAUUCUGACAGGGAGAUUCUGGAUAUCAAAAAUAACUACGAGAUUCAGCUCCGCAGAGAACGCGAGGAGAACAUCAAACUCAAAGGAGAGACUGGCAUCAUGAAGAAGAAGUUCAUCAGCCAACAACGUGAAAUUGAUGACCACAAAGAGGAAAUCAACAGAUUCAAAUCCGAGGUCUCUAAACUGAAUGGUGAGAAGGAGAAAAUGAAGAAAGAUAUCCAGGGUCUUCGCAAAGAGAUCGUGGAGAGAGAUGACACCAUCCAAGACAAAGAAAAGAGAAUUUAUGACUUGAAAAAGAAGAACCAGGAAUUGGAGAAAUUCAAGUUUGUGUUGGAUUACAAGAUCAAGGAGUUAAAGAAACAGAUUGAGCCAAGAGAGAACGAUAUCAAACAAAUGAAAGAUCAGAUUCAAGAGAUGGAAAGUGAGUUGGAGAGAUUCCACAAACAGAACACACAGCUAGAGCUCAGCAUCAAGGAACUGACCCAGAAAUUAAAGGCUACAGACAAAGAGAUGCACCUUGAGAGAGAAAAGGUGCAUGACAUUAAAGCCAAACUAAAGCAGUUCAAAACAGAUCUUCAUAACUGUGUGGGGUACAUUCAGGAUCCCAAGAUGUUGAAGGAGACCAUCAAGGCCUUGUAUGCCAAACACGUUAGAGAUGAUAUUACUGAGUCAGCCAGUGUUGAUGCAGAUAUUCAGAAAGAAUACAGUCGUCAGAGAGAACAUUUAGAGAGAUCUGUGGCCUCCCUACGUAAGAAGCUGGCCAAGGAUUCCGAAAUCCAUAGGGCUGAUAAUGUCCGCAUCAUGCAGGAAAAUGUGUCAUUAAUUAAAGAAAUCAAUGACUUGAGGAGAGAACUGAAAAUUGCUAGAACCCAGAUCCAUGAUCUGGAGGCGGCCCUAGGAAUGCACAGCAAGAAGAACAAGAAUGAUACAGCAGCAGUGGCUGCUUACACCUCCAAAGGACCCAGUGCACUAAUGCAGUCCGAAAUGGAGGAAAAGAACAAAAUUAUUGACAUGCAGAAGUUAGAAAUUAAAAGACUUAGAAUGGAAAUCACAGACAUUGAAAUGGGCUCUCGUCCCUCUUCCUCACAAAGACUACCCCCCAUGCAGCCUGCCAUUGAGAGUGUAGGCUGAUGUGUUCUACUGAGUAUAAGUGAUGGCUUGCUUAGCUAAGAACUCUUUUGUAUAAUGAGAGAACAAUUAGUAUUAACUGACCUAACAGUGCUGGACAUAUUUCAGAAAUUAUUUUGCACCUUUUUCAGUGAAACUUUUUUGAGAUGCCUUAUACACACAUUUAUAUUUACUAAAACAGGAUCUCCCAGCCUUAUUUCUGUGUUUUUCUAUAAGCUAUUGGCAAAUCCCUCCAGAUAUAAUUUAGUCCUCAUGAUCAUGGAAUAUUUGAAACAGAAAGAGUUUUGAAGGCUAUAUAUAUUAGUAUCUGUUUUUACGAUGUUUCUGUCUGUGAUAAAUAUUUUGAAUAUGUUCAUGUAUUUAUAAAAUAAAUUGAAAUAAAAAAUAAA